UCGAGUUUUGCAAGGAGUUGGACUCCCAGGGCUUCAAUGGCGAUGUCAUUGUGCACACAAUCACAUUUUUUGCAAAUAAUUGUGAGAUUUUAAACAAAUUACGAUAAUCUUUAUCUGUCACCUAAUGACAUGAACUUUGACACUUCUUUGACAAAUAACUGUCACCUGUCAUUUCGCAAAAAAGAGCGCCAAUUUACCAACAAGUGUUUCGCCCAACCAUGACCGAAAAUAAACCGCGCGAUUUGGACGACAUCAACGAAAUGCUUCAUUUGGCCAAAAUGAGUGAAAACGACGUGUUGCCAACCUCACAAACUGUCUAUUUUACCAACGAGAAUUUGUAUUGUAACAAUUUUAAAUUUCUGGAGCUCGAUCAACACUUAAUUGGGGAAUUGAAACAAGGACAAACGCUUUAUAUCAAGGGGGACGAUGACGAAAACGUCGUACUUUGCACGAAAGAUCGCACUUAUGAUGUCAAUGGGGCUGAAACCUCAAAUAGUCUAUUACUCGUGAAAAAUUUGAGUUUUUUUGAUGAUUUGAAAGAUGGGCAAAAGAGGGCGCUCAAAACUGUCACGGUUUCGGGGAUUUUUUACGAGUAUUUGAGCAUCACUCCGGGGAAGCCCCAUCUGAAAAAACUGACAGAUUUGUUGAACAAAUCUGUGUAUAAAGGCCCGGAACGUGAAUAUGAAAUAAAAAAUGAAGAUUUGUACAGUUAUGACGACUUGAUUAAAAUCGUUCAAGCGUCGGAGAAAGAGCUCAAAGACGUCUUAAAACACUUAAAUGUUGUGACAAUUGACGGGAAAAUCAGGCUACUUGAUGUCGAGUAUCAUUUUCGCGCCCUGUCCUAUAUGUUGAAACUGAUUGAGGAAAAUUCCUGGAAUUUGGACGAAAUUGACUUUGAGGAAACUCUAAACUCCCUCAGAGACAUAAUCCCGGAGGAAAUUCUCAUUUGUUUAUUUGACAAAUACACAGAAGAGUCAAAAACAAUUGACGGUCUACAACUCUAUUCGUACAAAGAGCCUGAAAUUUGUCGUUUUUUCGCCCAGAUUUUGCUCUACGGUGCCGGAAAAUUCAAUCUGGAUGAAUUCCUCCAAGCCUGGAGGGAAUCAGUUCCCGAAGGAAUGACUUGUGAUGAGGAACUUUUGCACGGAAUUGCGAUAAUUGACCGGAAAAGUGACCCUCCUGUAAUUUCCGCUUUCCCAGAAGAUAGCUUACCCGAAGAUAUCAAUUCCCGUUUCAGCAUGUUGUUUAAAGUGAAAGAAAAAUGGACAGUUCCUGAAAUAACACCCUAUAUAGAACGCGUCGCGACGGACAAAAUGGACGUCAAUGCACUACUUGCGAAAUUCGCACGGGCUUCCAAUGUUGAAGGAGUCAAAUAUUACUCGGCCAAACAUGCGAAAUAAUUACCACUAUUAUUAUUUCCUCAAACGUGUAAACGCCACCUUAUGUGUCAUUUCGUGCGCAUGCGCACACCUCUUAAACAAUUAAAUUUGAUAAAAGACUACAAAAUGCCCGUUUGUAGUGAAAACUACGAGAGUGAGAUUUCAGAAGGACGCAAUUGUCGAAGUGUGAAAUGCAAAUUUUGUGGUUCGGUGAUUCUAAACCCUUCGACAGCGACAUUUGCAAGUUUUGAGUUUCAGUUGCCUCUCAUCCAACAGAACAAAACGAAUGAGACUGAGCCCGAAACUGAAACGGUUUCGUUUUUUUGGAUCGUCAGCGACAUGUACACCUUCCAAAAUGUAGGGUUUUCACACACAGUUGGCAA